AUGUCAGCACUCAUUCUCAUGGGCUUGAUGCCCAAAAACAACGAGCACUCAUUGGCGCCUCGAUUGACUGGCUUCGUCGAACUUGAUAUCGACCCUCUUCCUGAAUCGCAUCGACGAGGUCUGAUAGCAAUUGCAGUCAUGGCCCUCCUUUCUCUUGUCGCAACAUCCAUACUCCUCGGUUUCAUCACCUAUCGACUUAUUUUCUGGCGCGGCAGCUAUACACGAUACAUCGGUUACAACCAGUACAUCAUUCUUAUUUACAAUCUUGUUCUGGCGGAUUUCCAACAGUCACUUGCAUUUAUUAUUUGUUUACGAUGGAUCUUGACAGACAAAAUCAAGUCCGGCGGAGCCGCAUGCUUUCUCCAAGGGCUGUGGCUACAAAUUGGAGACCCCGGCAGUGGUCUUUUCGUGCUUGCCAUCGCCUUCCACACAUUCCUUUUAGUCGUCUGGGGCCGUAAAAUGUCCUACCGGUUCUUUGUCUGCUUCGUCGUCGGCGUCUGGGGCUUUGUCGCUUUAAUGGUAGUCAUCCCAUUAGCAAUGUACGGUGCGAACGUCUUCGUGCCUUCCGGAGCCUGGUGCUGGAUCAGCGAGGAAUACGAGACCACCCGUUUAUGGACUCACUACAUCUGGAUUUUCCUCGCCGAGUUCGGUACAGUCAUUCUCUACGCCGUGAUGUACUUCCAGCUGCGCCGGCAGAUCGCCGCCUCCGCCAUCCUCGGCAACAGCCAGCUGGAGAGCCUCAAGCGCCUACGCCGCGUCGUAGGCUACAUGACCAUCUACCCAAUCGUCUACAUCAUCCUAUCGCUACCCCUCGCCGCAGGCCGCAUGGCCACAGCUGACGGCGAUGCACCCAACAUCAUAUUCUUCUGCUGUUCUGGCGCUAUCAUCACCAGCUCCGGGCUGGUCGAUGUCGUCCUGUACACUCUCACCCGCCGCAACCUGAUCAUCGACUCGGAACCCAGCCAAGACCACUCCUACAACAAAUUCAGUAGUGUCAAGGGCAAGCGAGGCGAGAACAAUUUAACAACCAUCACGGCCGAUCCCACGCGCAAAAUGGGCGGCACUUUCACUGAUGAGAAUGAACGUGACGGCUCAACGGAUAACAUCGUUUCGCCCAGCGGACACGGCCACCACGGCCAUGAGCAUGAAAUGACCCCGAUCGGAAAGGUGUACCAAGAAACCACCAUUGAGAUCACGCACGAGCCUGCUUACCCCGACGAGGGAUCCAGUCAGCGUUCUAGCAAGGAGUUCCCCGACGCUAGGCCACCUCAUGCAGGAUGGCGGAGAUGA